CUGUUCUGCAAGAGACGAGGCCCCAAGAAGAGAAAUGGACUUUGCUUAAAAAGUAUUAUAAUGGACUUUGCUUAAAAAGCAGAACAAUGGACUUUGCUUAAAAAGUAAAACAAGACAGAACAAAGGUCCCGCAGGCCCGGCCCGGCCCGCCCCGGGUGCUGCUAUAAACCGCAGUCCCAGCCCGACCUCCCCGGUAGCUUCCCGGCCUUGCCAGUCCCGCAGGGCUCCACCGCCCCGGCUCCGCUGCGCUCCGCCCGCUCCGCCCGCCAUGGCCGCUUCCUCCUGCUCGGCGGCCGCGCUGCGCCCGGUCACGCACGUCAUCUUUGACAUGGACGGGCUGAUGCUGGAUACUGAGAAUCUCUAUACAGAAGUGUAUGACGGGAUCUGCAGGCGUUAUGGAAAGUCCUAUACCUGGGAUGUGAAAUCCAUGGUUCUAGGCAGACAAGCCCCAGAAGCAGCAGGGAUUAUUCGAGAUGCUCUAAAUCUUCCAAUAACCAAAGAAGAAUUUUUCCUUGAAAGUAAAACAAAGCUGGAGAAGGUAUUCCAUACUGCUGGGUUAAUGCCAGGGGUGAAUAAGCUGGUCCGUCAUUUACACAAACACAAGAUACCCAUAGGUGUUGCCACCAGCGCGAGUGUUGUGUCAUUUGAGAUAAAAACAACCAGACACAAAGACUUAUUUAGUCUUUUUCAUCAUAUUGUGUUGGGAGAGGAUCCUGAGUUGAAGCGUGGCAAGCCACAUCCUGAUCCAUUUUUACUUUGCGCAAAGAGAUUUCAACCUCCUGCACCACCAGAGAAGUGUCUUGUGUUUGAAGAUUCACCACAGGGAGUCAGAGGAGCCCUGGCAGCAGGAAUGCAAGUGGUUAUGAUUCCAGAUGAACAACUAAGUCCAGAUCUUAAAAAGGAUGCAACACUGGUGCUGAAGUCCAUGGAAGAUUUCAAACCAGAACUGUUUGGUUUACCAGCAUAUGAUUGAUGCCUAAUGACUAUGAGCAUAUUCUUGGCUGAAGAUAAAUUUAAAGCGAAAUGAAAUUUGAUUUUGGUUUUAUGAUUGUUUUUCAUCUUCUACUUUCUUCCUCAAAACUAGAGCACAAAACAUUGUUAACAUUCAGUCUUUUAACAUUCUGAAAGGCUAAAAGACAGUCAGUUAAACUGUCAUUUAAAAUACAGUCAGUCUGUUAACAUUUAGUCUUUUAAACAUUACCUUUGAUAAAUUGUCUGGAAUGUUUAUGAUUUGUCCUUUUGAUAAAUGCAAAAUUAAAGCAGAAUCUUUCUGUUAAGUGAAUCCAGCCUUGUCCUAUUCACAUCAUUAUGUUUAUGGAACUAUUAUGGAACUAUUUAGACAAUAACUACAUUGGAAGCUUCUUUUUCUGUUUCCACUUGAAUUACUUACUGUUUACAUCUUAAUCAGAAAUCUGUUCUGCAUUGCCUUUUAUUCCAUUAAAAUAUUUUUGAUACUGUUA